AUGUUCGAUAGACACGGAAUUCUGUGCGGAGAGCGACGCGAAGGUUCCGCUUCGACCCGAGAUGACACCGGGACCGCUUGGCGACGCGACGGGAUGUUGGAAGAAUGUGAAAAGGAGGGCCCCCCACGCGUCCGGCAUUUGUGGUACGGUAUUUUGGCUUUCUUGCAGGAUCCCUACAUCCCCACCGCCCCGACCACCCCCAACGGCAACUGGCCCGACAGCGUGGGCAGCGUGCUGCACAGCCCUGUCAGCCCCGGGUUUUUCGCGCUGUUCGACGCCUACAAGAAGAGCAUAGAACCGCUCGCGAUGCCCUCGCCCACCUACGUCAGGGACGCCAACCAUCAGUAUCCGGAUGACUGGCGGAUCACUAUCGCCACGGCGCCCACCACCACCACCGCGAUGACGACCGAGGCCACGCAUGGGACCAACCCCACUCGGCUCAUCGUCACUGAGCCCAGUUGGAGUGACGAAGGAUGGGUGCAAUCGCGUGUUUUCGUGCUCUGUCUCGUCGCCUUGUUCGUGCUCACCGUCUACUUUAAAAAUAAAAAAUACGAGCCACCCCCACCAGUGUCCUGGCUGGAGACGUCGACGCCAGAAGAUGCACAACGCCCCGACGCCCCUCAAAAUCCCGCGAAACCACCCGACGACACCGUCAAGUCGGCCAAGAGCAGCGCCAUCGUC